CUCAAAUUUCAUUCACGAUUAGCCUCCUACAGUCUCUGCAACAUGGACGACCUACCGGACGAAAUUAUCAGCACGAUCUUCGGAUAUUGCGACCCGCCGGACAUUGAAAAUCUGCGCCUCACAUGCAAAACCACCCUGCGCGUGGCGAAUGAGCAUCUCUUGCCUGAAGUCGUACUCUUCAUGCAUCGCGAGAGUCUCAAAGCAUGCGCAGGAGUCGCUGCCCACCCGGUUUUCUCGAAGACAGCGAAGAGUCUCUGGAUCCAGGCUGAUCGUCCACAAGAGAAGACUUUCCAUGAGUGGGAAUGCGAUUGUAUGGCCACAGUCUACUCAGCAGCAAGAGCUCGGGCGUGUAUCGAGAUCGAAUACAGUGGUCGGCACAACAAUCUCACCUCAGAACAGAAAGACACGGCUCAGACUGCAUUGGAGAGAGAACUCAAACUCAAGGCUAAGCACGAGGCGCAAGCACUUUCGACCGAACAAGUUCAAGAACAUUUCGACCACGCCGUUCGUCUUUUCUCUGAGACGAAGGAGAUCUUCGACGAUGGAUCUCUUUCUACGUGUCUAAGAGCCAUUCUUGAGCAUUGUCCCAACCUCGACACGGUCGACCUCACUAUGGGCGGUCACAUCAGGACUAGAACCACGCGACACAACAGAGGCUUCAAACUGGGCAGGCUGAGUCCGUCCAAGGAUCUUGACUACCACAACCCUGGCGAAAGUGUCACAAUCAAGCUCGUGCUCGCUGCAGCGGAGGCCAAUUUCGAACCCCGGGUAGUGAGGCUCGGGCACAUCUCUCACCUCGCGUUCAUGCAUGCUGGCAUUACCCAGAAUUUCCAGACGUUUCUCGAUAAGGUUGAGGUCCUGGAGUGGGAGUUUUCGGACCCUCUGGUCGACACGAUCUCCGAGUCGUACGAGGAUGACUUUGACGACAUCAUCGAAGACUUCAACCAGCGCGAGAACAAGUUUGUCCCGCUCAUGCGGGCAACGAAGAAGUUGAAACUGCUACGUUUGGAGCUGCCAGGCUACAUCUCAGAAUUUCCUGCCGUUCAGCUGGAGAGUGUCGUCAGUAGCAUUCUCUGGCAGCACCUGACGCACGUCAGCAUCUCCAGCUUCAAAACAAAUUCGACUGUACUGGAGAGCUUUCUGCUCCGCCAUAAAGCUACCCUGAUGAGGGUACAACUAGGGCAGGUAGAUCUCCAAGAUGGCAAUUGGCUCGACUGCUUCGCCUCGUUCGCAGGCAAGCUACCCAAUGUCCUGCAGUUCGAGCUUCGCGCAGAGUACCGCGAGACUGCCAACGAUCCCUUUAGAGCUUGGUAUGACUUCGGAGGUCUUGUGGGUCCGGACAGCUCGAGCAACAACAUCUAUGGCAAACGCAUCUCCAGAUACGUGAUCGCUGGAGGCGACGAAUGCCCGCCGAGACCCGCCACACAAGAGGACAACUACACGGACUAG